CCUCUUCUUGUCACUAUCGUCGCCAUGGCUCUUAAGCGUAUUAACAAGGAACUCACUGAUCUCGGCCGGGAUCCCCCCUCCUCCUGCUCCGCAGGCCCUGUCGGAGAUGAUCUGUUCCACUGGCAAGCAACCAUCAUGGGUCCUGGUGACUCGCCAUACUCGGGAGGCGUCUUCUUCCUCACCAUCCACUUCCCUACCGACUACCCCUUCAAGCCCCCGAAGGUCAACUUCACCACCCGUAUCUAUCACCCCAACAUCAACUCCAACGGCAGCAUCUGUCUGGACAUCCUGAGGGACCAAUGGAGCCCUGCUUUGACCAUCUCGAAGGUGUUGCUCUCGAUCUGCUCCAUGCUCACAGACCCUAACCCCGAUGACCCGCUGGUGCCCGAGAUCGCGCAUGUCUACAAGACAGACCGCCCCCGGUACGAGGCGACGGCUCGCGAAUGGACUCGCAAGUACGCUAUUUAA